AUGUCUACUUUCACUGAGACAAACAUCUACAGCAUGCCUCGAGUUUACGCAAACACGUGUCCUGAGGCAGAGUCAUCAUCAUCAUCAUCACUCAUGCUCCGUCUUGAAGGAUCUGGAGAGAAACCUCGGAGUGAGGUUGUGCAUGACAGUUCCAAAUCAUAUAGAAAGGGUUCCCUCACGAUCACGCCGGUUUUGCACCCUUGUACAGAGAGCUCUACCAGGAGUACAUCGUUUGGAGCCCAGGUCGACGGUAUAGAUUGGAGCAGACCAAUACCGGAAGAUAUAAUUGCACAGCUAAUAGAAAUACAAGAUGAGUACGCCGUGCUCAUCUUUCGUAAAACGGGUCUCGAUAACAACCGACACGUCGCUUUCUCGCAACAACUUGGGCAGAAACUGGAAAUUAAUCCCUUCUUUUAUGGUCGUGAGAACGAUCGAAUAGGAGACCCAUUUCUUUGGGACGUUAGCAAUAUCAAUCGAGACGGGAGCAUUGUGCAACCAAACUCUCGCAGAUGGCACCACAGCCUCGGAAAUGCAUUGUGGCACACGGACUCCUCAUACCACCAAGAACGCUCCAAGUAUUCUCUUCUCUUGUCACACGGAACUCCUGCUAGGGGCGGGUCCUGGACGCAUUUUGCCGACACGCGACAAGCAUACGAAGACCUCCCGCAAGCAGUCAAGGGAAUGUUAGAUGACCUGGUGGUGGAGCAUGAUCUCUGGCAUUCGCGUCGAUUAGGAUCGCCGACAAUCUUCAAAGAGCCUUUGCCGCAAGAACGAGCGACAAAACCCCCCGCGUACCACCGUUUGGUUCAACAAGCUCCCGCACAAGGGCGGAAGGCACUGUAUAUUGCUGCCCACGCCAAGCUCAUCGUGGGAUGGUCAUACGAAGACAGUCAAAAAUUGAUUUGGAAAUUGAUUGAUUGGUGUACGCAACCGAAAUAUGUCUUCAGCAUGGAGUGGUUGGAUGGUGGCGAUAUGGUCUGGUGGGACAAUCGCCAGUCGAUGCACCGCGCCAAUCCAUAUACCGCGAGUAUGACUGCUCGUGACGUACGAAGAGCAACUAUCAUCGACGAUGGGCCUUUUGCUUGGGGUGUCAUGGACCAAGAGGUUGCUGCGGCGAAGCAAAAAGCCGAGAAAAUCAGCAUGGGACAAUUGGAUUUCCCCCAAAACCCGUAG